CGAUUGUUUUUGAUAUCACUAAAUACGCGUUGCAAUUUGUUUUCUUUCCGUCGUUGAACAUUUCAGAAUAUAUACUGUUCAAGUCUAAGUGACAUAUCAUUUUUUUUUUCAUAACUUAUUCGCCAAAUUCAUCAUGGUAAGUAUCAUUUUAUGCAAUAUAAUUAAGUUGCUUUAAUUUAAUACCUAUAAUAUUACAAUCAUUGUUCUCUUUAGUCAUUGUACUGCAUUUUUCUAACCUCCAUCCCUUUCUUGCCACAUGGUUCAUGUUCCAAAUCCAAACAACGUUACUCGUUGGUAUCUGUUACGAAGAGACUAAAUAUUUUUUACAUUUAUACAAUAUUCCAUCAAUACUAACUAUAAUGAUUAUUCAAAUAUUGUGGUUAGUGGUCUGACAUUUUAUUCCUACCUAUGGUUAAAAUUAAUAUUGAUUUUAUCUGAGAAUUCUGUAAAAUUCAAUACUUUAGAUGUUAUUAGUUUAAUUUCAAUUAAAAUAGUGUCAAUUAUACAAUAUUCACUAUGAUUUGUUAUAAAUAUUAUUUUCUUAAUUUUUAAACUACUACUAAGCAAUUAGUAUCUAGCUGUAAUUUCUAAGUGGUUAAAAAAGAAAAAACUUAAUAUUGAAUUUAAUGAUGAAUCUUAUGUUCUGAUCAUUUUAAUGAAUGAAUAUUAAGGGACGUAAUUCUGAAAAAGUACAAUGUUAAAAUAAAUUUAAUUUAAUGAUGAAUCUUAUGUUCUGAUCUUUUUAAUGAAUGGCUAUUAAGGGACGUAAUUCUGAAAAAAAAAAAAUUGGUUAUCUAUUUUAAAAUUUAUUUUGUGUUCUAGUAUCAGGAUUUAAAAUUAAAUAACUUUCAAGUAAUCUAUUAUAUCGGCUGUUUUUAGCAAAAAUGUGUAGAUAUAUAUUUAAUUUUUUAAAAUUGGGUAAUGGUUUAACAUUUUUUAUUUUGUAGCCCCAAGAAAUCAAAGAAAUCAAAGAUUUUCUGCUGAAGGCCAGAAGGAAGGAUGCUAAAUGUAAUUAUUUGUUUUAUAUUCUAUACAAUUUAUAUGUUAUAUUUAUGCACUUAUUUAAUCUAAACUUUAAAAUAUAUUUAAAUAUAUUACACAGUAUAUUUUGAACUUUUGAAUAGUAAAAACAAUUUGUUUAAGUAAGAAAGUGACGAAUAAUAAAAUCUUUAUUUCAUCAUUUUAAAGUUUUAUUUUUCAAUAUUAUUACCUAUUUAUUUUUAAAUUAAACCAGAUUCCUUGUUAAAAAUUCUAUUAAUUAACUAAUUUUUUGUUUGAAUGUAUAGCUGUCAAGAUCAAGAAGAACAUUGAAAAUGUCAAAUUCAAGGUUCGUUGUUCUCGAUUCCUUUACACCUUAGUCAUCACAGACAAAGAAAAGGCAGAGAAACUUAAACAAUCACUACCGCCUGGUAAGAAAUUAAAAUCAAUUUUAAAUUUGACUGGUUCAAAAAUUGAUUAAAUUUUUUAUAUUAUAGGUCUUCAAGUAAAGGAGAUUAAAUGUAAAAAAAUGAAUGUCGAUGAUAAAGAGAAAAAAUGAUAAGGUUGCUGUGAAUAUACAUUAUAAAAUAUAAUUAAACUUAUUUACAUGUAAAUUGUGUUUUCAUUUUUGU